AUGGAUCCUUCGUUAGUAGUAUCUGGAAUUCACUCGGCAACUUUUGUUCCACUGCAGGGUUGCUUUUCCCUUGUCUUUGCCGCUCCAAAAUGUGAAGACAAUUCCGAACAUUCCCACGGUCUUGAAGCAUUCCAGGAAUGGAAAGAAAUGUUGUCUUUGAGUUCAAAGAUGGUACUGACUCACAUGCUACUAGUGUUUGAGAACGUGGCAAGACGGGAAUUGAGGACACCUGAUGUUGACCUUCUUCACUUUCGGUGCACUCCAGGUGAAGCAUACACCUUUCCAUGUCAACAAUGGAAAUGUUGCACGAUUAUUGAAAAUGAUAAAGCAUCUAAAGAAUACAUGAUAUUGCAUCCAAUGGUAUUGGAGUCCAAGGACGACAAGGGUGUGGAGGGAAGCAAAGCCCCUGAGGAGAACAAGGAAAAUGAAGCCUCCAGCACUCUGGAAGAGGAAGAAGACUCCAAUGAUGAUGAUGAUGAUGAUGAUGACGAUGAUGAUAAUGAUGAUGAAGACGAUGAUGAUGACAACGACGAUGAUGAUGACAAUGACGAUGACGAUGACAAUGAAGUAAAGGCCAAGGACAAGCACUCUUCGGAUAAAUCCUGGUCCAAAGAAGAUGAGGAUGAUGAACUCAAUGAAGAAGAAGGUAGCUGCCCAUUAACUAAAGUGACAACGGUUGUGACCAAAACUGUUGAUCAAUACAAGGAGGAAUGGACCGAUAAGACCAUGAUUUUAUACGCUCUCUUUCAAAACAUAAUGAAAAAAAACAAGAAGACCUACCAGCAAGACUGCCAUUACACCUUGAAUGCUUUAUGCAAGACGAGCGCUUUCAAAGGGGCCAAGACCAACAAGUUCUACCACGAUCAAAUUUCUGGUUUCCUGUUUUCCAAAUCCCAAGGCUUCUGCAAAUUCCAUCUUAUUUUUGAACCGGGUGAGACACUUUCGGCUGCUAUUGGUGAGAUGCAGAAACAGCUGCAGGCAAUAUCCAAAGACAAAAAGCUAUGCAGCAGCUACUUGAUCAAAUCCGAACAGGAGCCAAGUGACAAAUCAGGUGAGGAAACAGAUGAUGGUGAUUCCAGCUCUAGUUUGGACUCCUCUACCAGCCAGCCCUUCACCUUUUCUGGUGUUGAGAAAUAUCGUAAAGACACCAUGGAAAAGGUUGAGAUCACAUGGCUUUCCUUUCAGAUCAUCAAGUAUGUAUUCAGUCCCACUGCUGGUCCUUUAGGAGCUGUGCACGAGCAAAGCUUUUUGGUGUACUGCCAAAACAUGACGGCCGGCCGAUGCAAAACAAAGUCUGACAUUAUUAAGUUGUUGAGGGACAUUGGUGUUGUAUAUCACUGUCCGGAGCGGAUCCAGAAGUUCAAGACAGAGCUUGACAAAUUUUGGAAAGAUCCACAUGAUCCAUCUGCUGCAACCGCCUUUGCAGAACAAGUUGGAAAGUGGGCACUCCAAACUAAACCCUAG